GUAGUUAGAAUUCUUCGCAUUUGCGACAAUCGGCUUGAAAAUGGUGGGUGGGUGGCGAUGCGCGUUUAUUAUAUGCGUGUGCGCAUGGUACGCAGAUACUGCACGAAUACUCAUCGUAGUGCCAACUCCUUCUAUUAGCCAUCAGGUGGUAUUCCGCCCAAUAGCUCAGGAGUUAGCAAAGCGUCAUCGUGUUGUUAUUUUGACUACUGAUCCAGCCUUUCCAGAUCAGGCCCCGCCGAAUCUCACAGAAAUUGAUCUACACGAAUCCUACACUCCAUGGAUCGACUUCGUUAAAACCGCCUCUGGAAAGCGAAAUGAUUUAUACACACAGGUUUCUGCGGCGUUUGGUCUCAUGUUAGAAAUAUUCCCGAAGCAAAUGAAGAGUGAGGCUGUAAAGAAGGUGUUUGAAAAAGAAAAGCAGUUCGAUUUAGUGAUUGCAGAAGCAUGGACAAGGCCGGCGCGGGCAUUAUCUCACGUCUUCAAAGCGCCUGUUAUAUUGAUGAGUUCUCUUGGAGGAAUGGAUGAACAAUACCAGUUGAUGGGUGCUCCUGUCAACCCAAUAUUGUACCCAGACUUCCUGCGCACGCGUCUGUACAAUCUUACAUUAUGGGAGAAAGUGACAGAGUUAUAUAACCGAUACUUAUUAUAUCGGUUAAUGAUGUCGUAUCAGGAGAAGGAAGAUGUGAUGCUUCGUGACUUGUUUGGCAAAGAUACGCCUCCGUUAGAGGAGUUGAAGAAUAAUGUGGAGUUGCUGAUGGUGAAUAUAGAUCCUGUGUUUGAGGGCUAUCGCCCUGUGCCGCCAAAUGUCAUACAUUUGGGAAGCCUUAAUUGUGCGCCGUCUAAAGAUCUGCCUCUGGACCUAAAAUCGUGGAUGGACUCAUCAAAGCAUGGAAUCAUCUAUAUGAGUUUCGGAACGAACACGGACCCGUCCCUGCUUCCACCGGAGCGCAUGGCGAUCUUCAUUCGGGUCUUCGAGAAACUAUCGUAUGAUGUGUUAUGGAAGUGGAAGGAACCGCCGGCGGGGCUGCCGGCUAAUGUGCGGACGUCGGCUUGGCUGCCCCAGUCUGAUCUGCUGCGCCACAAGAAACUGGUCCUCUUCAUCACCCAAGCAGGACUCCAGUCCACAGACGAGGCCCUCCGCGCUGGUGCGCCUCUUCUAGCUUUCCCUAUGCUUGGUGACCAGUGGUUUAAUGCUGAGCAAUAUGAGAGGCUUGGAGUUGGACGAAGGAUGGAGUUGGCUUCACUCACUGAUGAACAACUACGGGAAAAUAUUGAGGAGAUUAUUAAAGACCAAGGCUACCGCACCCGCUCCAAGCUCCUAAGUGAAGAGAUGCAAGACCGCUCAGAGUCGUCACUCGAGCGCGCAGUCUGGUGGAUCGAGCGCACGUUGCGGCGACGCCCGCGCAGGCGCGCCCCCGCCGUACAUGUCAACUGGCUUACGUUCAUCGAUGGAGAAAUAAUAGCGGCCGCUUUUGGGUUGAUCAUUGGUGUGUUGCUGGCGCUUCUAGGGUUAUAUAAAGUAUUAGUUGGACGACACGUGAAAGUUAAAACUACUUAAUCGUAAGCCAGUUUAACCAUUUUAUUUUUGAGUUUUGUGCCUUGUGCCGUCAAGCUAGCCAUUUUAGUAAUGAAGAUGUGACUAUUCUAUAUACUCGUAUAUUGAAAAUGUAAAUUAGUUUUUAUGUAAAUAUGUUAGUAUUUAAAUAUAUUAAUAUGUGCUUUUAUUUCAUGCAUGCUGUGAAAUAAUUUUAUAGGACUAGUGAGUCCACAUACCUGGGUCAAAAUUCUUUUCCAUGUCUUGUUUUUGUCCCCAUAAAAUGACUGAGUGUAUUUUUUGUAUGAGAUGCAUUUGGUUUUUAAUUUUUCUCAUGUAAAAUAUAAUCUACAGCUAUAAAUGCAUACCAUAGCACUCGACUUUUUUAUUUAUUUGAUAGAAGACGUAGAUACAAGCGUGGCAGAGUGGUGUGAGAAACAAGACAACGAAAAUAAUUUUGAUGCAACUACCUAAAGUAAAAUUUAAAGAAAAAAUGGAGAUCCCUACAAGGUGUGCGUACCGACUACAUACAGAAUAAUAAAGCUUGGGUAAAACUA